GUGACUGAUGAAGAGGGACGGAGAAGGUUCCAUGGAGCAUUUACUGGUGGAUAUUCUGCUGGGUAUUACAAUACAGUUGGGUCCAAAGAAGGCUGAAAUAAAUAAAUGAGUUCAAAAUAGCUGAUCGGCCGACGAAUGAGUAUUACGCGACGGUGAGAUAAGGAAAUCAAGGGAAACUCAUCAUUUAGAGAACAAGAUGCGAUUAGUUGAACAAACAAAAAAAAAGAGAACAAGAUGCGAUUUAACACUUCGUUUCCGGCAAGCAAGACUUUAACGAUCCGUUAACAAAAAAGUAAACCAGAAAUCCAGAAGCAAACCAAACCGGAGAAAUAAACAUUCAAACGGAAGCAAAUUUAAACCGAAAACAGAGCAGCAAGCAAACAACCACUUCAUCUUCGAUUACCAGCCACCGCCCCCAUUUUUUACAUUUUUGUCAAAAGUUCCAAAAAAUAAAUAAAUAAAUAAAUAAUCUACAUGACGAAAAAGAAAGUAAAAAUCUAGCUUUCUUCGAUCUAGUGUCCGUCGAAGUCUCUCCGUCCUCUUACAUCUUUUGGGUCCCCAGUUACAUCUCGCCGAAGAAGUGAUGGAGCCAGCUGAAGAUGGGAAGUCUAAUUUCGCCAAAGAGCUUUACGGCGAAAGUUUGCAGCUUUCAAAACCUGAAACAUCGCUUGGUUUAAGUAAUCUUGAGAAUGAAGGUGGAUCCUUUUAUGGAAGUUCAGAUGAAGAACCAAGUGAAGCUUACUCGAUGAACAAGGAUACUGAGAACAUGCGUGAAAAAUUCCACAUGCUUGGAUACCGUGAUGGGAUUUCUGCUGGACAAGAAGCUGCUGCGCAAGAAGGUUAUAACGUCGGCUAUAAGGAAUCAGUUCUUGCUGGCUACAAGUUUGGUAUUGUUAGAGGUGUUUCCAGUGCGCUGGCUUUUCUCCCAGAUGACCUAAGAGAAAAACUGAUCGAUGAACAAGAAACUCGAGACAAGUUCCGAAACUUACACGGUUCUGUGCAUGAUCUCUCAACUGAAGCCGCUUUGAAGCUGUUUUAUGGAGCUUUGACUACAAAGCAAGGAGAAGAGGAGAGUGGAGAAAAAGAGCCUUGCUCUAGUCUUUGUUCUGGUUCUGGCUGUGUUUCAGGUUCUCGCUCUGUUUCAGCCACAAAUGACUUGGGAAGCUAUGUUACUGAGCUGAGCUCUCUUCUUGACAAUUCUCCUAAGAUUAAAGUUAGAUUGGAGGACACAUAGACGAAGAUAAGAGUGGAGGAAAAGGGUCUUACUCCAGUCGUGAUUCUGGUUCUCGCACGACAAGUUACUAGCUAAGCUCUCUUCCUGACCAGUAUCCUAAGAUUGAGGAUGCAUAGAGGAGUCUUGUUACCUGAAGUUAUUGCCAAGCGGAAGCAUGGAGGAUGCUUGUUCCCGAUUCUGUUUUAUAUUUGAAUUAAAACUUUUAUUAUUAUCAAAAGAACAAAUUUGACUGCAAUAAACAUUGGCUUAGACUGCGAUUAGCAGCCCAAAUUGAGUUUAAUUUGCCCAUAAUCUCA